CAUGACUAAGGUGCAAACACUAUGGGUGAGAAUGAGGAUGACAUCGACGUGGACACCCCCUCAAACCAGACCAGGGAUGUCUAGCCAAGUGGCAGUCGGAAGGCUACUUCCGUCAAAAGACGGAAGUAUAACAAGAUAACCGAUGCUCAGCUCCAGCACUUGCUGUCUCUGUCUUUAGACAGGGGCAUGUCAUCCAAGAAACUGGGCACGCGUUUGAAUGUGCCAGAAGGCAGCAUACGCACUAUCACUGCGCACUACAACAAGGGCCAGCUGCAACGCAAGCAAAGAGGCCGCAAGACUGUAACGGUCCUUACACAGGACCACUACAAGUACCUCCGAGCGCUUAUAGAUGGCAACCCCGAUGCCACGGUAUCCUACCUCGUCGAUGCCAUUAAGCGACACUUUGUCGACAAA